AUGCUUACAUAUAUUGACAGUCGAGUGGGUUGCUGGUGGAUGGUACAUCAUGGUCAUGAAGCUGCUGACAGAAUAAGAGGAGUAUCUUCUCUCAUCCAGAACAUUGAGAUAUUGGCAAAAAAGAUGCAUGACCUUGGCUUUGUGCAUGGAGGUCUGAGGUUCCAAACAUUAUGUUGGCAUCCAGAAGUGAAGAUUGGAUCAGAAACCCAGCCAGAAUAUGCUGGUAGAGAGCUUAACAAUAUUUCCAAGAGUUGA